AUGCCGGUAGCCUUCAGGAAAAGGAGCUGGGAGGAACAGUACAGCUAUGACGACCUCGACUUGGUGUGCUGCCAUGAAUUGGGCAGGAAGGGAUCCUGGGUGACUGCGGGGCCCAAACAAGGCCGGCGGACUAGGCGAGAUGGACCAAAUGACCUGGAUGGACACCAGAUCGAAAAUAAAGACAUUUUUUUCAGACGCCUUCAAGCUGGAGAGGAGGAUUGUCAAGAGAGUACUGCAGAAAAACAGACCCAAGAGACACAGCUGUCUUAUGUACAGCUCAGCAAUGGGGCCGCCUCAGCUCAUGGCAACCGAGGCUCUGACACACCUGCUGAAGAGGCUACAGAUGGUCCCAGAGAGGUGGUUGACAAAGCCAGCGAUGUCACUGAUAAGACAGACCACAUUUCAGAGGCCCAAGACGCCAGCACGGUCAAAGUGCGCGUUAAAAAGCAUGAACAAGUGCGCCUGGACUCAAUGAUCCUUUUGCUGAUGAAGCUGGAUCAGUUGGACCAAGAGAUUGAGAACGCCCUCAGUGCUACAUCCUCCAUCAGAAGCACACCUACCCUCCCCAGGCAUCAGGAUUUUGAUGGAUCUGGGUCUGAAACCGUGAAAAACUCUCCACAACCAAAACAUGGCCCUAUCCACUGUCCUCCAGUGACAUGUCUUGGAGCAAAGCCCAAAAAUUUAAACAACCACCUAUCUAAAGAAGAAAAGGCUGAGAUUGAAGCCAAAGAGGCCUGUACGUGGCUCCGGGCUGCUGGUUUCCCACAGUAUGCUCAACUUUAUGAAGAUGCCCAGUUUCCCUUAGACAUCUGCUCUGUCACCAGAGAUCAUGACUUUCUGGAUCGCGAUGCCAUUGAAGCUCUCUGCAGGCGCCUGAACACCUUAAACAAGUGUGCGCUAAUGAGACUGGAGAUAUCACCACAAAGAAAACGAAGUGAAGACUCAGAUGAAGAUGAGCCCUGUGCCAUCAGUGGCCGCUGGACUUUCCAAAGGGACAGCAAGCGUUGGUCCCGGAUGGAUGAGCUGGAUGUCUUCUCACUCCACACAGACGACACCAUGCCUCCAUUUCCUAAAGACCAGGUGUCACAGAAUGGCAAGCUGCUCCUGCGAGAAGGCAACAGCUCCGAGAGUGUGCUUACUGAUCUGAGUGAGCAGCCUGAGGUGGGCUCUAUCCACAGCAGCGGAAGCGGCUGCAGAGCUGAGGACAAGAACCCCCUCACCAGCCUGAGUGAGGCUGUGCCCCCUGGGGCCACACGAGCCAGCUCGGUGGCUAGUAUGUGCUCCUCCUCUGGCACGGGCUCUGGCUGUGCUAAUGAGGAUUCUCUGUCAGAUGGAAUGCCCCCGUCGCCCUUGGAAACACAAGGACAUUUCAACUUUGAUGUGAAAACGGGUAUUUCAGGAAGAGGAGGUAGUUUGGAUAGAGGAAGCAGCAAAAGCACUCGAUCCAGAGCAAAGAGCUUUCUGAAGAGGAUGGAGAGUCUACGUCUGCGCAGUGGCAGUACCUCAAAGAGAAAAAAGAAGAGCAGCACCAAUGGUGCAAAGAUUGAGAUCAGUGGUCCUGUCAUCAAAGAGGGGCUGGACGAUGACAAGCUCCGGAGCCUCAACUGUGUAGACAUCUCCAGUAUUAAUCUCAACCUUAACCACCACCGCAACCCCACACAAACAAUGACACUUAACAGGAACCGCACAGUGCCCUACUCCACUCAAGCCAGUAAUGGCAGCACUGGCAGCACCGGUAGCAGCCAAUCAGAGGCAAGUAGUGGGAGUGCUGUGAGCACGCCCAGCCCUGUAACCCGCGCUCGCAGUCACAGCACAGUGGCUGGCUCCGGUAAAAGAGGAGGCAUGUAUUUAGAGGGUUUCGAUCCGUUCAGUGUGGGUCAUCAAUCUUCAGAGAGACAGUCUACAUCACCUCCCAAAUCUGCUCCUCCUGGACCAUGUCACACUGGGUCAGAAAUGACUGUAAAUGAACAGAAUCACAGGAACAACUUUCCCGUCCCUGACCACAGUCCCAACGUGGAAGAGGAUGAAGAUGAUGGCAUGAUCUUCUUUUAUCUACCGGAGGGACACAAACCUGGAACGUUCCCCAAAGCCCUGCACGACAGCAGCUCUCGGAGUAAUAAUAAUAACAAAAAUGAACACGGCAACUCAGUUGUCCUCAGAGGGCGACAAAGCAGACGCCAACGGCGCGGAUCCUCUGGGUCCGUGGACAGCAGCCGGCUCAGUUUUUACGACAACGUUCCCUUCACAGAGGACGCAGAAGAGGAAGACAAACUGGAGGAGGUGCUCCAACACGUUAGCGGCCUGCAGCGCUUUGUUAAUGCCUGGUCAGAAGCUGUGGCUGGUGAGGAGGACGAGGAGGAGGAGGAUGAUGAAGAGGAAGACUCAGACUCAGCCCUGGACUCGGCUUCCCCCUGUCCAUCCUCUCCUCUGCAGAAUCGACUGGAGGAGACAGAGAAUGGAAGCGACCAGGACAGCACGGGGAACCCCCUGGGAGAAGAGGAGGUGAUGAGGGAGAGGAGGGACUCUGGAGUGGGAGCAUCUCUGACUCGGACCAGCAGGCCCCAGAAGCUACGCUGGCCAAGCUUCCAGAACUCCCAUCGUCCCAGCGUGGCCUCUGCUCAGCUCCAGAUCAGCUGCCAGUCUGUGCUGCAAAUGAACCUUCUCCAGAAACUGUCCAUGCUCCAGCUCACCGCUCUCCUGGAGAAGCACACGCCGACCAACAAGCACGGCUUUAGCUGGGCUGUGCCAAAGUUCAUGAAAAGAAUCAAGGUGCGCGACUACAAAGACAGGAAUGUGUUCGGUGUGCCAUUACAAGUUAUUGUGCAGCGGACAGGUCAACCCCUCCCUCAAGGAAUCCAGCAGGCCAUGCGCUACCUACGGAACCACUGUCUUGACCAGGUGGGUCUCUUCCGUAAAUCUGGGGUGAAGUCUCGCAUCCAGGCUCUGCGACAGAUGAACGAGGCCAGCGGAGCGGAUGGGGGCGGAGUCAGCUACGAGGGCCAGUCUGCGUACGACGUGGCUGAUAUGUUGAAGCAGUACUUCAGAGACCUCCCAGAGCCACUGCUCACCAGCAAGCUCUCCGAGACCUUCCUCCAGAUCUAUCAGUACAUGCCCAAGGAGCUGCGUCUUCAUGCCGCCCGUGCCGCCGUGCUGCUCUUGCCGGAUGAGAACAGGGAGGCUCUGCGCUCUCUGCUCUGUUUCCUCAGCGACGUGACCGCUAACGUAACAGAGAACCAGAUGACCCCGACCAACUUGGCCGUGUGCCUGGCCCCGUCGCUCUUCCACCUCAACACCCUGCGCCGCAAAGAGAGCUCCUCGCCACGCGUGAUGAACCGAAAGCAGAAUUUGGGAAAGCCUGACCAGAGGGACCUAAAUGAGAACCUGGCUGCCACACAUGGCCUGGCCCACAUGAUCCAGGAGUGCAGGAAGCUGUUUCGGAUCCCGGAGGAAAUGAACCGCUGCAGGAACUCGUAUGUGGAGCAAGCUCUGCUGCCACAGCGAAUGGAGGAGCUGACCGGCGAAGAGGCGGGGCCUGAGGGGGGGUACAGAGCAUUUCUUCGAGACGGCCUGGACGCCCUCCUCAAAGAAGCCAAAGACAAGUUCAGAGGCUACGACAGCUGCUCCACGCCUGAGCACGCCGACCUGGCCUACAGGAAGGUGCACGACGGUUUCCCCCUGCGACUAUGGAAGGUCACAGUGGAAAUUCCUGCCACUCCUGAAGAGGUUUUGACUCGGAUACUGAGAGAGCAGAGCCACUGGGACGAGGACCUGCUCGAGAGCCGAGUGGUGGAGACGCUCGGAGACAAGAUCGAGGUUUACCAGUAUCUCCGCAACACCAUGGCGCCACAUCCAACCAGAGACCAUGUUGUAAUCAGGACGUGGGCUACAGACUUGGCCAAAGGAGCGUGUGCACUUGUGUGUUCCUCAGUGGAGCACGAGGGGCUGCCCGUGGUCGGAGUGCGCGUCAACGUCCUUAUGUCCCGUUACUUCAUUGAACCGUGUGGGAGCAACAAAUCUCGACUUGUACAUCUCUCCAGGGUUGACUGCAGGGGCCGUUUUCCUGAGUGGUACAACAAACUCUAUGGACACUUGUGUGCUGCUGAGGUGGCCCGGAUACGUGACUCGUUUACCGUGCCAGUGGACAAAUAA